AUGGACAGCGUGCCGAAGAGUGCCCCGUGGGCCGAGCGGAUGGGCUGCAGACCCGCACCGCAGGGGCUCUGCUGCCUGGUGCUUGAUGAAGCCUCCCGCACGGUCAAGGUCGCAGCCACUGCGGAGCCGUCUGCUGCAGUGAACUUGGAGUACCUGCUUCUGGCACUCAAGGUCCGCAAGACCGCAUCUCGCGAGCCCCUAUUCUCCCUGGACCCGGUGGACCCGCAGAAUUUGGAAAAGACUCCGCAGAAGAAGGUUUACGAGCCGAGCUGGCUUGCAGGAACCAGCGUCGGUGAUGUCAUGUUCCAAGCCGAUUACUUCCUCAAGGAGCUGGCACUCGGAGAGUACGACAUGCCCGUGGUUGGCAUGCUGAGCGUCUUUGACUGGUCCGAGAUGAAGGACAAGGACAAGAGUUGGGCAGGACGUGAGUGGUACGUGGUGAAGAAGGCAGAGAUCCGCGUGGCCGAGGACAACACACUGAUCCCACACGUGAAGAUGGGAGUCGAGGCUCGGGAGCAGGUGGUGACGAAGAAGGGCCUGGAAGACGCCCCGGUGACCCUGCCGCACCAUCCGCUGAAGAAGUUCGCGGAUGCCUUCACACGCAACUUCGACCUGAUCGCCGAGCGCAAGAGCGUGGUCUUCCACCUCCGAGAGCUUGCGAAGGCUUCGGCCAUGGCCAAGUACCUCAUCGACUCCAAGGCGCGUCUGGACCCGACAUGGUAUGCCCUGGCUGACGAGAUCGUGAAGUCUACCGAACCGGAGCCUUACCCUCAGAUCCCGCAGCUCUGGAACAUGCGUGGCAACUCGCGCAUCAAGCUCAAGGAGGGCCGGCUUGUGGACAUGGUGACAGGUGGCCAGAGCAAUCUGCAGGCCAUCUAUGGCGGCGUUGAGUUUGGCCUCGACCGCUUCGAGCUCGCCCAGCGUCACGCGCUGCAGGGCCAAAAGCCAAGUGUGCCGGGUGUGCAGCUGGCGCAGUCAGGCCGACCCAUGUUCAUGCCCCAGCGCUUCCAGCUGGGGCAGCGGCCGGAGAUGCCACAGGGUGUCGACCUGAACUUGGACAAGUUCUCCUUGUCGACGGAGGAGCGCUUUGCUGGCCGUCUUCCGCCCUGCAGUGGAGGUGUGGACUCACUGGAGGCAAAGACUGUGCUUGGCAGGGCUUUCCUGCAAGCUUUGCAGCAGAAGUCCUUUGCCGUAAAGCCAGAAGAUCAGAGCCUCCUGCUGAACAUCUUCGAAGUGCCCCAGUGCGAUCGUGUCGAGGAGGGCGAUGCUUUCAUUCCACCGGACCCCAAUCUCGAGUACCUCACCAAGGUCCGCAGCCUCGUGGGGGAGGAGAAGACCCUGCGCGAACGGCGCAAGCAGCGCUUCAGCGACAAGUCCUUCGCCGUGGCCAAUCCGGGUUUGGACUUCCCACGCUCCUGGACGCCACGCUUCCAGGUCGAGUUGGAGGGCCGCGUCUCGCAGACGGCACCUACGAAGUUUGGCCUGAAGAAGCUGGAGGUGGAUGAGGCAUUCAAGCGCGGGCUGCUGGAGAACGUCCUGCCAGCUGCCGCACCUGAGUUUAACCAGGUCACGGAGGAUGGCAUCGUCUUCCGCAUCUACAAGAUCGGGAGCUUGGAGGUCAGAACCAUGCAAGAGGCGGAUGAGCCGGAGGCCAUCGCAGUGGUCUUCUCAAGUGGCACUGCCUCGUGGGAGGGCAAAGCCGUGGACUCUGAGGACGUGCUACGUGAGAGGCUCGUGAAGUGCAAGGUCUAUGUGGAGGCGAUGGAGCAGGAAUCGCAGCUCCACCUCGCCAAGGAUGCACGAAUGGGAUGCAACUUCUACAUCGUCCUGGAGACAGAAAAGAAGAACCGUAUCGUAACGGAGGCUCUCGGUGCCGGUGCCCUAUCUUGGGUGCAGAAUCCCCACAACUUGGAGGAUCGAAACUCGCUGGCCAAGCUGCUCUUCACCGUGGACUGCAAGGACGAGGUCUACGCGCGCGACGUGAAGCAGUUCCAGCGCACCCUCAUUCUUCCACCCAGC